AUGCAUCUCUCCGCCCAUACUUGGAUGCGCCCAGAACCCCUUCGGCGCACCCUGGAGCGUAUAAGUGAGCUGGGCUACACGAGCAUCGAGCUUGCGGGAGAGCCUUCCCUUUACCCUGUUGAAGAAACUCGCCAGCUCUUGCGGGAAUUCAAUAUCGAAUGCUGGGGUACCGUCACUCUUCAACAUGGGACCAGGGACCUUACCGCUGCCGAUCCCGCACAUCGCAGAGACACCAUCCAAUAUAUGAAGGACGUUGUCUCAAUGGCUGCCGAACUUGGAGGCCAAAUUGUCACUAUUGUCCCGGCUCGCGUUGGCAAGCUUGUUCCUUCAUCAACACCGGAAAACGAAUGGAAGUGGGUAGUUGAAGGACUGCGUGAAGUAGCCGAGCUGGCCAAGGAAAAGGGCAUUCGAGUCGGAAUUGAGCCUUUGAACAGAUUUGAGACAUACUUCCUUAAUCGCGUGGACCAAGCGCUCGCCCUCGCAGAUGCAGUGGGGUAUGACUGUGGUAUUGCCUUCGACCCUUUCCACCUGGCGCUUGAAGAGAAAGACCUCUAUGGAGCAAUACAAAAGGCCAAGCAUCGCAUUGUUGAUUUCCAUGUUGCGGAUCAUAACCGCCUUGCAGCUGGAGAUGGCCACUUUAACUGGAAGAGGAUAAUGGCUGAGCUAAAGGACGCAAAUUAUCAUGGCGCUCUCGCGGUAGAGUGUAUGCCACCAAUUGAUCGCACACCAAUCGGAAAAUUUGGCGCGACACAAUUGGAAACUGAGGAGAUUGAAGUGCCCAAAGGACAACUUCAAUUCAUUCUCGACCACGCGUCGGGAGUGUUGUCGGAUGAGUACUAUACUGGGUUAUUGCGACGGUCGGCUGAGACACUGCGUCCUUUCUUGGAUUGA